GGACGCAGGGCUGGGCUUCGGGGGGGGUGAGACUUGCUCGUGCGGCGGCUGUAGCCGAGGCCUCUUGCUUCUGUGGCACGUGACGGUCGGGCCGCCUCCGCCGCUGUCUCCAUUGCAGCGCGCGGCCAGGUGUGCGGGUGGGAGAAGGUGCGGGGGCCGCCUGUGGUCCCCGGGAGGCUCGAGAUCAUGGAAGGGAAAUGGUUACUGUGUAUGCUACUGGUCCUUGGAACUGCUGCUGUUGAAGCUCAUGAUGGACACGAUGAUGAUAUGAUUGAUAUUGAGGAUGAUCUGGAUGAUGUCAUUGAAGAGGUAGAAGAUUCAAAAUCAAAACCAGAUACCAAUACGCCUCCAUCUCCGAAGGUCACCUACAAAGCUCCAGUUCCAACAGGAGACGUUUAUUUUGCUGACUCCUUUGACAGAGGAUCUCUGUCAGGGUGGAUUUUAUCCAAAGCCAAGAAAGAUGACACCGAUGAUGAAAUUGCCAAAUACGAUGGAAAGUGGGAGGUAGAUGAAAUGAAGGAAACAAAGCUUCCGGGGGAUAAAGGACUUGUAUUGAUGUCUCGGGCCAAGCAUCAUGCCAUCUCUGCUAAACUGAACAAACCCUUCGUGUUUGAUACCAAGCCUCUCAUUGUUCAGUAUGAGGUUAAUUUUCAGAAUGGAAUAGAAUGUGGUGGUGCCUAUGUGAAGCUGCUCUCUAAAACACCAGAACUCAACUUGGAUCAGUUCCACGACAAGACUCCCUAUACUAUUAUGUUUGGUCCAGAUAAAUGUGGAGAGGACUAUAAACUGCACUUCAUCUUCCGCCACAAAAACCCCAAGACAGGUGUAUAUGAAGAAAAGCAUGCUAAGAGGCCAGAUGCAGACCUGAAGACCUAUUUCACUGACAAGAAAACACAUCUUUACACAUUAAUUUUGAAUCCAGACAAUAGUUUUGAAAUACUAGUUGAUCAGUCUGUUGUAAACAGCGGAAAUUUGCUUAAUGACAUGACUCCUCCUGUAAACCCUUCACGUGAAAUUGAGGACCCAGAAGACCAGAAGCCUGAGGACUGGGAUGAAAGACCCAAAAUACCAGAUCCAGAUGCUGUCAAGCCAGAUGACUGGGAUGAAGAUGCCCCCGCUAAGAUUCCAGAUGAAGAGGCCACAAAACCUGAAGGCUGGUUAGAUGAUGAACCUGAGUACAUACCUGAUCCAGAUGCAGAAAAGCCGGAGGAUUGGGAUGAAGAUAUGGAUGGAGAAUGGGAGGCUCCUCAAAUUGCUAAUCCCAAAUGUGAGUCGUCCCCUGGGUGUGGUGUCUGGCAACGACCUAUGAUUGACAACCCCAAUUAUAAGGGUAAAUGGAAGCCUCCCAUGAUUGACAAUCCUAACUACCAGGGAAUCUGGAAACCCAGGAAAAUACCAAAUCCAGAUUUCUUUGAAGAUAUGGAACCUUUCAAGAUGACUCCUUUUAGUGCUGUUGGUUUGGAACUGUGGUCCAUGACUUCCGACAUUUUUUUUGACAACUUUAUCAUUAGUGGUGAACGCCGGGUAGUUGAUGAUUGGGCCAAUGAUGGGUGGGGUCUGAAGAAAGCUGCUGAUGGGGCUGCAGAGCCAGGUGUAGUGGAGCACAUGCUGGAGGCAGCUGAGGAGCGCCCAUGGCUCUGGGUGGUCUACAUUCUGACUGUAGCUUUGCCAGUGUUCCUUGUCAUCCUCUUCUGCUGUUCUGGAAAGAAACAGUCCAGUGCUAUGGAAUACAAGAAAACUGAUGCUCCACAACCAGAUGUAAAGGAGGAAGAAGGCAAGGAGGAGGAAAAGAACAAGGGAGAUGAAGAGGAAGAAGGUGAAGAAAACCUUGAAGAGAAACAAAAAAGUGAUGCUGAAGAAGACGGUGGUACCAUCAGUCAAGAUGAGGAAGAUAGAAAGCCUAAAGCAGAGGAGGAUGAAAUUUUGAACAGAUCACCAAGAAACAGAAAGCCACGAAGAGAGUGAAACAGUCCUAAGAACUUGAUCUGUGAUUUUCCUCUCCCUCCCCUUCCCCUGCAAGUGUGUCCUAGGAGAGGACUUGGUGUACCUUAGGUUGAAACUCAGAAAACCUCAAGACGUCACCAUCUACAGGUUCCAGUCGAACACUAGUCUGUGUAAUUUUAAACAUCUAGCAGUAAAUAAUUGCAGUUGUAACAUAAAGGACCCCAUUUCUGUAGAAAACAUUUAACAAUGGUUGUGAAAUGUAACAUAAAGCAACUAACUUGUAUUUUUGUUUUUAAGAAUUUUUUUUUUUUUUUAAGAUAAAAUUUUUGCCGGUCUAAAAUCUUGGCUUAAUUUAAUAUGUUAACCUGUCCAUCCAGAAAUAACACCAACAUUUAGAAAUGCUAGGGGGAUGAACUGCAAACUUUUUUUAGUUGGUAUUACAAAAUAGUCAAAUGUCUCUGUCCCUAACAUUGAUAAAUCAUGUUUAAGUGCAGUCAUUUGUGGUUAUAAUCUUGUUUUGUGUGCUUCUAUUACUCAAUUCCUCCUAAAGAAAUUGAAGAGAGGUAUUGGAUGGAAGCCCACAUUUAUAUCAAAGUUCUCUUUAAGUUGUAUUGAAAGUAGACCAAAAAAACCCCUCACGAAACAAAAACAGACUUUUCACUUGAUGUUGGUUAGAUCAUAAAGUUCACGUGCUCAGUUGCCCUUGGAACUGCUCAGUUUGCAGACAGCUUUAGUUAGGGGAGGAGGUGGUUUAAUGCAUUUGGGCACUGUACUUCAUACACAGGAGUGUCAGAGCUCUGCAGCUCAGGUCAUUGGAGCACAUAGCUUUCUAAGGAAUGCAGGUGGUACCAGAGUAGAUGUCUUUCAUCGCUUGUUCCACUGUGUCGACACUGUUCUCCUACCUAUUCCCUCAGUCCCCAGCUUUCUCUGCUAUGCAUUCUCUUCACAGCGCAGCUUGCAGUCCAUUGCUGAAAAUGAUUAUAAAGCUCUGCAUAGUGUUAAGCUUUAUUGUGAUUACACGUUUUCUUCUUUUUAAGGAGACCCAUACCUUCCUAGGGUCCAAGUACAGGAUAGACUACAAACUUAUUUUUAUCUAUUUUACUCUGUAAAGACUUUACAAGUCUAAUCCAGAGGUGGGCCAAUUCAGAAUCAGCUGUAAUUGAACACAGGCUAAAAGUAUUUAUGGGAGGAGUGAUACAUAGCAUGAGUUAUUUGACUUUAAUAGGGUAUUUAAAACCUUCAUUUGCAAUUCAUGUACAGUUGUGUCUUGAAUUCACACAAUAAAGCAGUCCUGUUCAAAAAUUUUUUUUAUUGUGGCUUGAAGAAUUUAAUUUUUUUAGUAAUUGUAGGACUUUUCUUUUUUUGUUUGGUUGUUUUGUUUUUCAUGUGGAAUGCAGAUGGGUGCUAGAAGAGCCUCCCCCAUCACUAUAGUGUAAUAAUACCAUUAUUACACCACACUGAAAUGUAUUCAGAAACAGAUGUUUCAGCUUUAUUCUUCAGAGGCGUUCCAGUUGUACUGAUGAUAUUGUUCGCUGCACUGAAUAUAUAUAUAAACACUCCAGUGUUUAUUAGGGAAGAAGUAUAUUUGUAAAGGGUGAAGGCUGUAUUUGUUGUCUUAAAAAAAAGAAACAACAAAAAACACUGGUUUAUUUAAAUUCUUUUGAGGGUGGAAUGCAUUUUUCUUGCUGUUCAGUGCUUUAUCCUUCUCAUCUUCGUUCUGUGGUCACAGUGACCUUAGCUGUGUAGCAGAUUUUCCCAAAUGUAUGGAGUGCAAAUAAACAGUUACUUAGCAAGAACUGAACAUGAUGUCUGCAGGUUUCUCCUUGAAGCAAAUGUGUGGGGAUCACUGCAUUUCUAGAAAUCUGUUUUCUUCACUCUCCAUUGACAUUGUAUUUCAUAUCUAUUUUCUUUCACUGGAGACGUCUUCACCCGAGCUGUAAGCUGAUGGGUUUAUUUAUAUCGUUGGUAUUCAUUGCCUUUUCAGGGUUCUAGUCCUCCCCUCCUCCCUCAGGUUUUCCUCAAAGCUGCAGCCUCCUUUGUUAAAUGUCUGAUACAUAAGUGAAUGACCAGCAGUUUUCAGCUAUUAAAAAAACUUACAGGGCUGGUGUGGUAGCUCAGUUAGGUAGAGCUUCUGUCUAACCUGUGCAGGGCCUUAAGUUUCAUGCCCAACACUAGAUAAGAAAAAAGGUUCAGGUAUUAGAUGCUAGUUACCUGUCCCACUGUUUUAAAAUGCCCACUCCAUCAGUUGUGUUCCUGUUUCUUGUCCACAAAGUACUCUUCACUUUCCAGAUUGUCACAUUACUAAAUGGUCACAUUAAAGUCCUGUUAUAUGUCUA